UCCGCUGUGGAAGGUCAUUCAUCGGCAACAUGGCGGCGUCCGGGAGCCGCAGCUACCGGAUAUGUCUAUCAACAAGUAUUAAACUAUUAUCCACAAGAUCUCAAGUGCCAGUGCUCAACAGAACACGUAUUUACAGGAUAUGCAAUCGUUCUGCAGAGCAGUGUCAGGUUCGAAGUUACACGUCAGAUGGGAGAAGGGGUUUUCUCGGUGGUUUAUUGGACAAUAUCAAACAAGAACUAGCAAAAAACAAAGAAAUGAAAGAUAGUAUUAAGAAAUUUCGAGACGAAGCAAAAAGGUUAGAAGAAUCAGACGCUUUACAAAGAGCAAGGAAAAAAUAUAAAACCAUUGAAUCUGAAACAGUAAAAACCUCAGAAGUUUUAAAGAAAAAACUGGAAGAGUUUUCAGAAACAGUAAAAGAGAGCCUCGAUGAAGUUGGUAAAUCUGAUAUCGGUAAAAAAAUCAGGGAAGGAGUGGAAGAAGCAGCGAAACAGUCUGCAGAAACUGUCAGCAGGAGCGGGGAGAUAUUUGGGAAAACGACUGCUUUCAAAGCAAUUUCUCAGAGUGUUGAAUCUGUGAAGAAGGAACUAGAUGAGAGUGUCCUUGGCCAGAGUGGGACCUACCGGUCACCGUCAUUGCUGAGGAAAAGAAGUGACUUUUCAAACAAUAAAACCAAGGAGGAAAAGAUAUUUGAACCAAAUGAAGAAGCGAUGGGAAUGGUGCUGCACAAAGACUCAAAAUGGUACCAGCAAUGGAAGGAAUUCAAGGAUAAUAACGUUGUCUUUAACAGGUUCUUUGAAAUGAAAAUGAAAUACGAUGAAAGUGAUAACACUUUUAUUCGAGUAUCGCGAGCCUUAACUGACAAAGUGUCUGAUUUGAUUGGGGGGCUGUUUUCUAAGACUGAAAUGUCAGAGGUGCUGACAGAGAUUCUGAAAGUGGACCCCAGCUUUGAUAAAGACACGUUUCUAAAGCAGUGUGAGAGGGACAUUAUUCCCAAUGUUCUGGAGGCUAUGAUGAGAGGUGAACUCGAUGUUCUGAAGGAUUGGUGUUACGAAGCGACUUACAGCCAGCUUGCACAACCUAUUCAACAAGCCAAGGGCAUGAACCUUCAGUUCCGAUCCAAAAUACUUGACAUUGACAAUAUUGAUCUGGCAAUGGGGAAAAUGAUGGAGCAGGGACCUGUUCUAAUUAUCACCUUCCAGGCUCAGUUAGUCAUGGUGAUCAAGAACCACAAAGGAGAGGUGGUGGAGGGAGACCCGGACAAAGUAUUGAGGAUGCUUUACGUAUGGGCUCUUUGUAGAGAUCAAGAUGAGCUGAAUCCAUAUUUAGCCUGGAGGUUGCUGGAUAUUUCGGCCUCAAGCUCAGAACAGAUCCUAUAAGGGAAGGAUCGAGUUCUCCGGAUUCUCGCACAGUUCUGACAUGAACUCAUCUCUGGGUCUCCAUCACAAAGUGAGCCGCAUGUUGUCCAAGCCGGCAGAGCCUUAAGACUCUAGGUGCUAACGUGUCAAAACACUGAGGAGGUUUAGAUGCCAUGGUCGACCAUGUAUGAACAGAUGAGGAGUGGAAGUGAAGCAUGGCUGCUGUCUUGUAAAUAAUUUAUAUUAAACAGUGGAAUUGGUAUUUUCUACCAACAC